GCCUGGAGAAUCCCAGGGACAGGGGAGCCUUGUGGGCUGCCGUCUAUGGGGUCGCACAGAGUUGGACACAACUGAAGUGACUUAGCAGCAGCAGUGUCUUGACCAAACCAGGGAAAGCUUAAAAUGGUCAUUUGUCUAAUGGAAGAGGAUAAAACACAGUGGAGAGGGUGUAUGUGUCCUACAUGCUUGGAUUCAAGUUCACAGCAAGGUAGUACUUUAUCCUGUCCUUGUUCUCUUAUAAGAGUAUGGCUUCGAUUUUACCUGCUUCCAAUACAUCCUUGAGAUCUGACAGGAAUACAUAUGUUGGAAAAAGUUUUGUUCAUGUUAAAAAUCCUUACCUGGACUCUAUGGAUGAAGAUGUUCUCUAUCACUUGGAUUUAGGAACAAAAACACACAACCUACCAGAAAUGUUUGGGGAUGUAAAGUUUGUCUGUGUUGGUGGGAGCCCCAACAGAAUGAAAGCAUUUGCACUGUUUAUGCACAAGGAGCUCAGAUUGGAGGAUGGUGAAGAGGACAUCAAGGAUAUCUGUGCUGGGACAGACAGAUAUUGUAUGUACAAAAUUGGCCCCGUCCUCUCCAUCAGUCAUGGCAUGGGCGUCCCCUCCAUUUCUAUUAUGCUUCAUGAACUCAUUAAAUUACUAUACCAUGCCCGGUGCUCUGACGUUACCAUUAUCAGAAUCGGUACAUCAGGGGGAAUAGGGAUUGCACCGGGAUCUGUUGUAAUAACAGAUGAAGCUGUAGACUCCUUCUUUAAGCCCCGGUUUGAACAGGUAAUCUUGGACAACAUUGUCACCAGAAGCACCGAACUUGACAAAGAGCUGGCUGAGGAACUAUUCAACUGUAGCAAAGAAAUUUCCAACUUCCCAACCCUCAUUGGACAUACGAUGUGUACCUAUGAUUUUUAUGAAGGCCAGGGUCGACUAGAUGGAGCACUGUGCUCUUUUUCCAGAGAAAAGGGGUUAGAUUACUUGAAGAGAGCGUAUAAUGCCGGCGUCAGAAAUAUUGAAAUGGAAUCUACAGUGUUUGCAGCCAUGUGUAGACUUUGUGGUCUAAAAGCUGCUGUGGUCUGUGUGACACUUCUCAACAGACUUGAAUGUGACCAGAUCAACUCUCCCCACGAUGUUCUCGUGGAGUACCAGAAACGGCCUCAGCUCCUAAUCUCCAAGUUCAUUAAACAGCGGCUUGGAUUACUUGACCAGACAUCAUAGACAAAGUGGAAAGUACUUCAGAGUGUUCUCCAUAAGCCUUCAAUUUGAACUUUUAUCUGUCCCUGGAAAAUCUUAUUUUCCUUUUUACUGAGAGAAGAAGAGGUUAUAGGGGGAGAGAGAGAGAGAAUUAAAUACUCACAGUUAAUCCUCCUCUGAGCUCCUGUGUGGGGUGUGUGCAUGUGUGCAUACAUGCCAGAAACCUCGGAAACCUUUUUGAUGAUUCUGCCUCCUUUAUUCCUACAUCCAAUCAAUCACAUGCCUAUUAAUUGAUUCUAAGACAUUUUUCCAGCCUGUGCUCCAGUGAAAAGCCUUCCCUGUCCUCAAACCAGAUUCCUCCCAGCUUCACCCAUAGCUUCCCACAGCACCCUCCAUAGCUUCUUUAAAGUAUUCAUGACAGCUUGCAAUUGUGUUGAGAUUUGGGUCUUUAAUGUGUUUAGACUAUAAGAUUCACGAGGACAAACACUACAUUUGUCUUAUUCACUGCUGUAUCCCAAGCACCCAAAAAGUGCCUAUCUCAUUCUAGGUGCUUCAUUUAAGUGAAGAAUGUAUUCUCUUCAAACAUUUCCCUUACAAACUUUCACUAAAAUGCCUCUAAUCUUUGCAAACCCAUCCUCUCCUUAUUCAGUCCCUUGUCAGCUCAGCUCUCCCUGGCUUCCUCCCAUCACAUCCCACUUUGUGAGGUAGAGAGUUCUCUGCAUCAUCAGUGUAGAGUUGUGGUGAUGUCUAGAACUUCUUGUUUUCUCCUAUAGCACGUGACUUUCCCCUCUGUUAAAAUCAAACCCCAAAUUCACCCUCUUUAGGAAGAUCUCCAAGCUUAAUUCCCCCUUGAUUCAUCAUACCUAGUUCCUUAGAUAUCAAUGUGUUCUCAUUUAUAUGCUGUUUUGAGAACACUUAUGCUUUUACGUGAACUUGGGUAAUGGAUGCCCAGCUUCAUUUGGGAGGCUCCUGUUUCCUUUCUACCCUUUGACUGCCAUGGAGUGUUAUCCACUGCAGGCAUUCAGCCACUACUCACCUAUGCCUGUCCUAAGUCUAGGAACCACCUCUUCACCUCACUCCUAACCUCACCUUCUGCAAACUCAUUCAGUCUUGCCCUCCUAGAAGUCAGUUCAAGAAACACUUAGACUUGCAAAAAUUCCUCUGAUUAUUUCUAUUUAUGGGUGUUUCCAUGCAAUUUUGGUAUGUUUUUCCUUUGUUCAUUCAUUCGUUAUAAAUCCAUAUCUCUCCUUUUCCCCCA